CGCAUAUCAGCAACAGAGCUCUACAUCGACUGUCGCUCGGUAGAGUCUCCGAAAUGUCUAGCAAAAUCGGCGCGCCCAAGCAGUUUAGCCAGCCUUCCCGUAAGGGCAAGAAGGCAUGGCGUAAGAACGUCGAUAUCGAGGAGGUGCAGGAGGGUGUCCGCCUUCUGAAGGAGGAAGAGAUCAAAGGAGGUGUCCUGGCUGAGAAGCCUUCCGAAGAUCUGUUCGUGAUCGAUACUACGGGUUCGACGGCAAUCCGCGACGCACAUCUCAAGAAGCACAAGCCUCUGAAGUCGGAGGAAAUCCUGGCACAACGGUCUGCUAUUCCGGGUGUCGAUACGCGCAAACGUCUCAACUCCAAGGUCACAGAUGGAGUCAUCGAACCGAAGAACAAGAGGCAAAAGAGCGACUGGGUUACCCGCAAGGAUUGGCUGCGUCUGAAGCAGGUGGCUAAGGAGGGAAAGCCGGUCAGCAAGCCUGUUGGAGGUGGCUUUUACGACCCCUGGGCUGAGGCGGAAGAUAACUCCACCGCCAUGGACGACCCCCGAUUUGACUACCUGGAGAAGCCCAAGCCCAAGGUUGAACCUGUGACCUUGAAGCAGGCCCCCAUCUCGCUCGCGGCGAACGGCAAGCCCAUUCGCGCGGUUCCUUUGCCUGUUGCCGGUACGAGUUACAACCCGACGUUUGAGGACUGGGAUCGCCUGCUGCAGGAGCAGGGAGCGCUGGCAGUUGAGGCUGAAAAGAAACGCCUGGAGGAGGAGCGUAAGGAAGAGGAGAGGCUACGCAUGAUCGAGGAAGCCAAGGACGACGAUGGCGCGGUCAAGUCGGAUGAUGAGAGUGCUUGGGAAGGGUUCGAGAGCGAGUACGAGAAGCCGGAGUGGCUGAGCAAGAAGCGUCCGGAGCGGAAGACGAAGGCACAGAGGAACAGGAUCAACAGGCGCAAGGAAGCGGAGAGACAGGCGAAAUGGGAAGCGCAGAUGAAGAAGAAGGAAGAACAACUAGGAAAGGUCACCUCCGAUGGAGCCGAUGACAGUGAGGAGGGUGAGGAGGGCGAGGGUGAGGUCGAGGUUGCUCAGCAAUCGGAAGACUCCUCUGAUGAAGGCGAUGACACUGCUCUGCGUCGGAGACCUCUCGGCGGAAAGCUAUACGCUCCCGAGAAACGGUUGGAGGUCGUGUUGCCGGAUGAACUUAAGGAGUCGCUACGUUUGCUCAAGCCAGAGGGCAACCUGCUGGACGAUCGGUUCCGCACACUGGUGGUCCAGGGUAAGAUGGAGUCUCGUAAGCCGAUAACACAGCCGAAGAAGGCGAGAAGAGAGGUGACGGAGAAGUGGACUUACAAGGACUUCAAGGUCCCGGGUCUCAAUUGGAAGAAACUCCAGGGGACGCUGAGCAAGGACAGCGUCUCCGCUACCAAGCGCAAGUCAUCGGACCGCGAGACGCAGAAUGGUGGCGUGAAGAAGCGAAAGACAGAAACGGUCGACGGCAAAAGGAAAUUCGAUCGGGCGCCGGCCUCGACGAAAAGAAGAAAAAUGGUUGAGAACACUACGAAAGCAGGCGAGGAUAAUGUCCAGGAAACUACAGUGAAGUCGAGGUCGCGGGGGAAUUCUACAGCUACGGUAUCGGAAACGAAAUCGAAGAUCAAUGAAGGCCGAUCACCGACUGCGGAACUAGGCAGAUAUGUUGCGAUCGAUUGCGAAAUGGUGGGCGUCGGCCCCAACCCCGACAAUGAUUCCGCUCUGGCGCGCGUCAGUAUUGUCAACUUCAACGGCGAACAAAUAUACGACACAUACGUGAGGCCCAAGGAGAUGGUUACGGACUGGAGGACGCAUGUCAGCGGUAUUCUCCCGAAGCACAUGGUGGAGGCACGAACACUCGAGCGGGUGCAGAAGGAUGUGACCGACAUCCUUGAUGGGCGAAUACUCAUUGGACAUGCGGUCCGUAACGAUUUGGACGCUCUUCUCCUGAGCCACCCCAAGCGCGAUAUCAGAGACACCAGCAAGCAUGCGCCCUACAGAAAGAUCGCCGGCGGUGGCUCUCCUCGCUUGAAGAUGUUGGCUUCGGAGUUUCUUGGGUUGGACAUCCAGGGCGGCGCGCAUUCCAGUGUGGAAGAUGCUAAGGCUACGAUGCUUCUGUACCGGCGAGACAAGGAGACUUUUGAGCGGGAACAUCUGAAGAAGUGGCCGGUACGGGCAGUGGUCGAAAAGAAAGAGCAGGGCGACGAGGAGAAGAAGAAGAAAAAGAAGAAGAAGAAGACCCGCAAGAGGUGAUUCAGUUUGUCGAAUACAAUGGCUGAUCCUGUUUGAUAUACCCCAAGUCCAUGAAGUUGAAGGUUAUCUAUAGAGAGCAUAUCGAGUACAUAGAGUUUAAGCAAAAU